CGAUUAACAGCUGGUAAUGAACAAUACGAUGAAAUGUACACAGAACUGACCAAUCCAUGCAAUAAGAAUGGAACUAUGUUGAAGCAAUCUGUUGAUUUGAAGAAAAACAAGAAAAUUAUUCCAGUUAAAAAGUCGAAUUCCAGCAAUGUUGACGGACCAACCCACCAUCAAACUAUUACUUCCAAGAGAACUAAUAAAAUACAUUCAGAGUCAAAUACCAGUAUUAUUGGUGAAACAACCAAACAAUCUGUUGAUUUGAAAGAACAUAACACAAUAUAUAGAGAUAAAAAGUCGCAAUCGGAUAAUACUACUAGAACAACGCCCAACGAACCUGAUGCUUCAAAGGAACAUAAUACAUGUGAAAUGUCUGAAUCCAGUAAUGUAAGUGGAACAACGUCCAAUCAAUGCAGUUAUUUAAAGCAACAUACAGGUCAAAACACUGGCGAAAAACCUUACUCACGCGAUGAAUGUGGCCAGAGUAUCACUGAAAAUGGUCAUUUGAACAAUCAUAAAGUAAUACAUAUCGGUGAUAAACCAUAUACAUGUAAUGUGUGUGGUAAGAGUUUCAAUGAAUCUAGUAAUUUGAAGAAACAUAGUAGAAUACAUACCGGUGAUAAACCGUAUACAUGUAAUGUGUGUGGUAAGAGUUUCAAUGAAUCUAGUAAUUUGAAGAGACAUAGUAGAAUACAUACCGGUGAUAAACCAUAUACAUGUAAUGUGUGUGGUAAGAGUUUCAUUGUCUCUGGUAAUUUGAAGAGACAUAGUAUUCUACAUACCGGUGAUAAACCUUACCUAUGCAAUGUGUGUGGUAAGAGUUUCAAUCAAUCUUGUCAUUUGAAGGACCAUAAAAGAAUACAUACCGGUGAUAAACCUUACCCAUGCAAUGUGUGUGGUAAGAGUUUCAAUCAAUCUUGUCAUUUGAAGAUACAUAGUAGAAUACAUACCGGUGAUAAACCUUACCCGUGCAAUGUAUGUGGUAAGAGUUUCAUUGUGUCUAGUACUUUGAAGACACAUAGUAGAAUACAUACCGGUGAUAAACCUUACCCAUGCAAUGUGUGUGGUAAGAGUUUCAAUCAAUCUUGUCAUUUGAAGUUACAUAGUAGAAUACAUACCGGUGAUAACCCUUACCCGUGCAAUGUGUGUGGUAAGAGUUUCAUCGAAUCUAAUACUUUGAUGAGACAUAGUAGAAUACAUACCGGUGAUAAACCUUACCCGUGCAAUGUGUGUGGUAAGAGAUUCAAUGCGUCUAGUUCUUUGAAGACACAUAGUAGAAUACAUACCGGUGAUAAACCUUACCCGUGCAAUGUAUGUGGUAAGAGAUUCAAUGUGUCUAGUACUUUGAAGGCACAUAUUAGAAUACAUACCGGUGAUAAACCAUAUAGAUGCGACACUUGUCCGCAGAAAUUUAAACGAAAACAAUCUCUUGUUAAACAUUUACAAAAACAUAUGUUAUAAUAAUAUCUUCCAACAUCCCAUUAAUGAUUUUAUAGAAAAAUGUCUGUUCAUGGGUUUGCCUAAGAUCAUCCAAAGAUAUUUUUUUAUAAUUUUCUAGCCUGCUACUAUAACUGUCGAGAUGUCUCGUUUUUAGUUUUUUUUUGUUUUUUUAGUUUUUCUAAUAAUUUUUAGAUUUUUUUGGGUACUCUCAACGUGUUGUAUAAUAUUUUUGUUAUAAUAAGGGUUCCAAGCAACAGAAGAAUACUCAAGGCAACUUCUCACCAGCACAGUAUAUAGUACAAUCAGAAUGUCAGAAUUUUUAAAUUCCUUGGUAUUCCGCAGAACAAAAGCGAGCAUCUUAAAAGACUUGGAAGUAAUGUUAUUAAUGUGUUGGUCAAAUCUUAGGUUGCUAUCCAAAAACACUCCCAAGAUCUUGAUUCUACUCAACUUGCUUAAGAGGUGUAUCACCUAUUUUGUACACUACAUCUUCACAGCUAUUUAGCAUUUUUCUGAAAAAUCUCAGAUGAAAACAUUUCUCAGCAUUUAAUACCAUAAGGUUAAAGUAUUUAAAUCCUCCUGGAGUUUUUGAAAUUAUACUUCUUUUGGUGCUAUGGAGAAAAAUGAUAAGAGUGAAUUUUUACGACGCACGCACACACCGACACCUGAAUUGUACAUCGUAAAGUUAGUUAAUAAAUAUUAUUUUGGUGUUUUUAUUAAAUCAAUUUCAUAUACGACGGUGAUAGUAUUUACAAAUAAUUUAUUAGUAUGUGUAUAUAUAUUGAAUAUUAGUGAUAAAACUGUUUUGAGUGCAUUUAUAGAUUUCAGAUUAAUUGUCGGUAUGUAUAAUUUAUUUACAUCGUUAAUUAAAAAUUAUUACAUUAUUAUCUAAAGAUAUUUUUUUUGAAGUUAUACAUCUUUAGGCGCGGUAUGAAAAAAUGAUGAGAGUGAAAUUUUAAGAUGCGCGCGCAUCACUGUAAGAAAAAAGUAACAGGGUGACGUUGGUUCCUAAAAUUUUCUUGCAAGAUUUUUACAAAAUUCUCUUUCUAAAAACGUAGAAUAGCACGAGGAAGAUAUCAUUUUAAUGAUUUUUGCUUGGAUAGGCCAAAGAAGUAUAACUUCUUGCGUGCAUACAUAAGUACACACACACUUUUUUUAGAGUUGCUUAUAGUAUCCACACAUCUGGCAAUUUUUAAAUCGUCCGCAAAUAUAUAGCAUUCUGAACGAUGGAUAUUUGUAGAUAGUUCAUUAAUAACAAAUCAAAUAAAAUAGGACCGAGAUGAGAGCCUUGUGGUACACCAGUUGUCAUUGAAUAGGUGGAUGAAUUGAAUCCAUUUGCUGCCACUAUACCAGGUCUAUUUGCUAGGUAUGAACUGAACCAUCUAAGAAGGCUAUUUCCGAUUCCCGAUGCAGCAAUUUUUUCGGUUGAGAUUUUGGAAACGUCCUAAUGAGCUACACCGUAACUUACGCGAGGUGUGUACGCGUGCGUGCUACCACCAGAUGCGUUUACAGAAAAGCGGGAAUAACCUACCCUGUAAUUUAUCCCUAAUUGUAGGUAUCUGGAUUUGUGUACCUAACGGCCUAGCCGUAGGGUUCGAACAAAAUAUAUAAAUAAGUACGGUAUUGUCUGUCACCAGGCAACAACAUGACAAGAACAUUUUUUUUUUAUAUAACGUAAUAUUAGCUCUGAUAAGAACCAUUUCAUAUUGCUGUACAUCAACUCAAAGAAUCAUACAGAUCACCAGUUUAGUCAUCUCAGUGAAGUUUCAAGCAUCGUACUUUCUCUCGACGAUCGCAGAUAUACUCACGUGAUCAGUCAUAUGCUCCGCGUUACACAACCGCACAGCAAGGCCUAGCGGACUCGACUGACGAGUGAAGUGUCGCGUCGGAACUCAGGGGUCGAUCGCUAUUCAUGCAAUUUUAAUCAAUGAGCAACAGCGUAGGUGCGGAAUGCUCAUUGACAUCGUAUGAUCGAGGUUCGACGCGAGUUUACACAAACUGCGAUAGCAUUAGUUUUAGAGCGAGAUAGAACACAUAAUAUUAUUCUCAAUUCUUAUUGAAUGAAACGUUUUACUAUUACCUGAAAUGUAAGCUUUAGUAUUGGUGUGUCUUUUCUGAACUUGUAAAUAUUUUUUAAGUAACGAUUGUAAUUGGGUAACUAGUUUUAAGGAUUUUGUAUAUAUAUAUCAUGAAAAUUUUUAAUAAAGCAUAGAGGCUAAUUAGGCUUAAUUGUAAAUUGCUUUAAUAAGUAGAUUUAGGUAAUUUUGUAUAUAUACUUUAAGAUCAAAUAUAGAAAUUUGGAAUUUGA